AUGGCCAUCAUCAAGCAGUCGCUCAUUGUCCUAGUGCUGCUCAUAUGCGGAGCAGGCGGCUCCGCCACACCGGCGCCGGCGCCGGAGCUGGCGCUGCUGACGCAGGAUAAUCUGUGUGUCGGCAUAAGCACGUCCAACGAAGAGCUGGCCUGCGUCGCCAACGUCGCACUGGCCUCCUUCGCCGGGAAUGCCGUCACCAACGAGGUUACCUUCACGCCAUGCUUCGUCCUCGCCGCCGGCAGGCAAUGCUUGGCCAAGGAUAAGGAGGAGCCCAACAAGGAGCACUGCAUCGGCCUAGAGAUCAGCAAGCAACUGCUGCCAUGCCUUGGAGAUAGCGCCUGGACCUGCUACAACGACAUCACGGGGUACAUCCCUCCCGUCUUCAUCGCGUGCUUCCAAGGCAGAGCCCUCAUGUGCACCCGACAGUGA